CAGGUCUUGCACGAAACCGAAGUCAUCGAUCCAGAACGAUGUGGCUCCGAUUUUUUGCGUCCCGUGACCGCUUGCGGAGGCGACUCGUCGCGAUCAUUCUCCUUUUUAGAUUGGGUGCAUGAGAAUCAAGCUCGACGAAUGCGAAGUCGAAGCGAAUGGUUUCUGUCUCCGACGGUAAUAACGUCACGGCCGAGCUCGAAUGCGCCCGAUCCUGAAGUGUUUGUCAUUAGCGCAUCUGGCCCUGUUGGUUUUGCUGAGGCAGACGAACCACAGAUUUCUGAUAAAACUCCACUGAUACAGAGGGAUAUCUCCAAAAUCAGCCGCGGUGAACGUUUACAUCAGUCAAAAAAAGGGAGGCAAGUGUUGGAGAGAACAGGGAGCGGGUCAAGUGGAAAGAACUGUUCUUGUUCGGCUUCCACUACUUGUGCAGCGCGGCGUAGGUCGUGGCGGGUGCGUUCGUUGAAGGGAAAUUUGAUUGGUUUAAAAACGCACUCACUUGACUCUCCUGAUCCGCCGCUUGUGUCUUCUCAGCGUAGUACCAGCAAAUCCAUGUAUGCACGUCCUGUUGCUCAUAGCCUUGGCGGAGAAACAUGGUUGGUCGAAGUGAUCUCGGAUGAGAUCUGUAAGAAAAGAAGAAGCUUGAAAAAGAAGCAUGCUCCAGUUUGAUAUAUUUUCUCCAAAAUGGUGGCAAUGAAGUUAAGCUCAAGCGCUUGUAAUGCAUUAGGAUGCAAAGCUUAUGCUGAAUGUAAUUGUACUGUGAACAUUAUCUAAUAACAUAUGCAUUAUGUGAUCCUGUGAUGAAUUUCCUGCCAUUUGAAUAGGUUGUGCAUUUUAUGAUGUCUUUCACUGUUGUCCCUACCAAUUGGGGUUGUUGCUGAUUGUUUGUGAUGCCAUUCACUUCGUAUCGCUUGCCUGCUACAUAUUGCUUUCUUUGAGUGUUCUGGAUAAUAAUUCACUUGCUCUGCAGACACUGUCAAUGAUAUCUGAUUACAUCCAUAUACUACGUCAUAUUAUUGGAAGUAAUAAACAAUUUAUAUUGC